CAAGUUACUUUGUAACCUUGCCAUUAAUUUAAAACUAUUGGUUAAUUAACAUGUCCACAGCUUACAGCUGGGCAGAAGAGAUGUAGGAAAGGUUUCAGUUGCUGGGCUUGGGGUCUGAGAAAGAGAACACCAAGAGAGAAAGGAGAGAGGAAGAAGGAAGAAGAGCCAGGGGUAGAUGGAUAGUGAGAACAUAGCAAUGAGGGCAGCCAUUUGGAGAGUGGCUGUCUCAAAGCAUGGCAAGUUGUAUCUGAAGGUUAUUGACAGGGAAUAGACAAAACAACAUAGAGAGUUAAUAUCUAUCUGCCCAGCUCUAGUGCUUUUAAGGCUUAUUAUAAAUAAAAAGUUUUAAUGUCUUUUAUUUGGAAAGUAAAUUAUCAAAGAUGGGAUAGAAAUCUCCAAUUUUUACUACACUUAUGUCUUUGAACUAUUGAGGACAGGUAUACAAACAUGACUGGUUAGGGGCAAUCUUAGUUACUUUACUAUUUUUGUGAUAAAACACCGAGGCCAAGUCAACUUGUAAAAGAAAAUAUUUAACUUGGAGAAUAAAGUUUCAGGGAGAGAUCAUGGCCAUCAUGGCAGGGAGCAUGGCAGCAGAUAGACAAGAAUGGCACUGGAGCAGUAGCUAAAAGCUCACAUUUUGAUCUGAAAGAAAGAGAAAAAAAGAGCUCUGUGAAGUAGGCAUACAGACAGGGUUCUUCAGAACCGUAUAAACAGAUGAGAAAAAACAAUAACUUUGUAGUUAAUCAUUCUUAGGUAAAGAAUGCUGGCAUUUAUAAUAACCCACACUGUAAUCUUGAACUUGCAUGAGCAGACUUGCCUAGCUAGCAGAUGUUGGGUGUCAUGGUAUGGAUUAUGAGUUCACUAUGCAAGUUCUAUGACAUAUGGCUGACCUGUAUGUAGUUAUGUUCAGGCCUGAGAGCUGAAUGCCAGUAUACUUUGAGAGCUUGCUCCCGAGUACAUGACUAGAUUUUACAGAGUGAUAGUAACGUUGAAAUUGUUAGAUUAUGGGUAAUUGUUGUUGUAAUACACAAGUUGCACCUGAACAUACAACUGUCCUACCUUCCAGUACCGAAGGAAAAUAUUCCAAGUCCUCAGUGAAGGUGGAUCAUAGAAGAGUCCAAAAGACGAUCAAUAUGCUGCAAAAUAGUCAUGAAAGGAAUGUGGUUGUUCCCGUGGAUGCCAAAGAAGCUGAAUCCCAUGCUUCCACGUCCAGAGGAGUAACACAGAGUGGAACUAAAGUAAGAAGAGAGAGUGGAAUAGUGGGGUCAUCCGUGUCCUCAGCACUAUCACAUCAACCGCUGCAGGCAGGCACAGCAAGAGAGAGUGGAAAAGUGAGGUCAUCCUUGUCCUCGGCACUAUCAUGUCAACCCCUGCAGGCAGGAACAGUGUUACCUAUCCGUGCAGACAGUGCAAGUUCAGACGAGGACCAGGAAAAAUCACCACUAAGGCUAGUUAAGGUAUCAUCUAAGAAAAGCAAACAUGGGUCCAACAUUUUAAGAACUAUGCAGCGGAAGGGGACCAUUUUCCUUAUUGAUCCUGAAGUGUGUCAAUUUAUAGAUGAAAUUCGCAAAGACAAAAUGAAAAAUGAAAUGGAAGUGGUACCUUUACGUAUAGACACUACAACUUUGCCACACAAUGAGGAAAAAGCACCGGUGAAGCCAGUAGAGGUGUCAUCUAAAAAACGCAGAUGUGUUUCUGCUAUCUUGAAGAAAAUUUCUCGAAAGAGAGCUGUCGUCCCCACAGACAUCGAAAGGCCUCAAGUCCUUCCUGGCACUUCAAGAGAAACGUCUCACAUUCUAACAGAAGCAGGGGGACAAGGAGAGCCACCAGUGGGGACUGAGAAGGUGGAGACGAAAAAACAAAAACACAUUUUUUCGAUGUUCAAGGGGAUUUGUAGAAAAUCAACUGUAACCCCUCAAGAUACUAAAAUACGUUCAGUCUCCUUGGCCCCUUCUACAAAGACAAGAGAAGUGAAAACACAAGACAAAGCAGAGAAUACCGACAACACAAUUGUACCUGAUGACCAAAAACAGACAUCAGGGACUGUGGUAUCGGUGGAGACAAGAAGAACCAGACGUAUUUCUGAUUUAUUAAAAAGUAUUGAAGAGAAACAGGCCUUGGCCCCUCAGGAUUUCAUGGGCCCAGAAGUUUGCGGUUAUCCUCCAUCAACUGUAAAGGAUAAUAGGAAAGAGGAAGAAGCUGGACCGUCCCAGGUUGCCCAACAAAAGCCACCGGAGACCCUGGAGAGGGUGGAGUCGAAAGGAUUCAAAUUCCGUCUACAAAUUGACACAGAAAUUAAUCAGAUAUUUUACAGAGAGGAAGAGUUCGUGCCUCAUGAUGAGGGGUCAUGGGAAGAAUAUGAAAGCUACUUCCCUGAGGGCAUCAGAGUGGCGGAAUCCCGACACACUAUGGCCUCUACUGUAGUAGGGAGUUACAUAGCCGAGGUGGGAGACACCGAUGUUGAACAACAGCAGAAAGCUAUCAAUAGUAAAGAGAAAUUUCCAGAUGCCAUUGAAGUUCAGCAAUGGGAACUAAAAAAAUUGUCAAGUACUGUUGCUCCAGUGGUCAACUUAUUAUAUCUAGCGCCACCUACAUCUUCCUCUUCUGAUGAAGGAUAUGUCCCCAGGAAACGGAAGAAAAAGAAAAGAAAAAGGCGCUAUUACUAAAAGCCAGCCAUUUUGCCUCCAGCCCUGGUAUGAAUUUGGGGGCCUCAAUGGCUGGAGGCAAAGAGGCAUUGGCCAAUGGCCAAAAUGCCUAUAUAAUCCACACCCUUAAUAAAAAUCUCCUUGCACGUC